AAUAAUGCAAAAGGAGGUUACAAUGCGCCAGAGAAAACACAAAAAAAGAGUUCAAAGGACUGGUUUCAGAUGGUAAUUAUAUUAGACUAAACUGUUUCUGACUUAAGGUCACUUUUAUUUUGCUAGAACUGACUUCUAACCCAUUAUUUUCAGCCCUUUAGUCCUUGAAUUUUCUGAUACAUGACCUCAAAAGUGCUUGAAAUGUCUUGAAAAGACCAUUUCACCAUUCCUGACUUAUGUGAGCGCUGUCAUAGAGAAAAAUAUUCGCCAUAUUGAAGCGUUAUUGUUGCCAUGGGAACGGUAGUUCUGUAUCUUUUGUGCAAAAGCUCUUUAGAUGUUGCUUUGGAUUUAUGCAAAGUAACAUCUAAAGAGCUUUUUCACAAAAGAUACAGAACUACCGUUCCCAUAUAAGUAAGGCACUCCUUGUUUCAAUUCUCCAAAUAUAUAAAAAAUAUCGUAAAUUAUCGUAAAUUUUCCAUUUUUUAAUGGACUGUAUCGAGCCACCUUAAAGUGUUCAAAAGGAGACUGACAUGUGUCAGACUAAAAGUUAGAAACAAUCAUUAGAGUCACCAUGGUUCAUUAAACAGUAUUAUUAUUUAUUUAAAAAAUUCCUGGUUUCUGAUUGGCUAACAGCGAACUGUGAAAUUGUCAUAUCAACUCAAUGGCUAACCAAAUAUGGAUUUUUCUCAUUCAUAUUAGCAAAAUGACGUCAAAGAGUCAAUAUGAAAAAAAAUUGGACGCGUUUGCGCCAUAUUAUACUAUGACGACGAGAAUCAUAUUGACUCGCUGACGCCAUUGAUAUGACGACGACGGCUGCCGAAGGACUAAGGAAUUGUUUUUCAGUCUUAAUACAAAUAAAAUACAAAUGGCUUCUUCCACUGAAAGGUUUGCAAACCUUGGCGAAGCCGAAAUUCAAAAAUUACUGGAAGAUAAAUAUUCGUUAAAUACAAAAAGAUCAACAAAAGCUUCUAGAAUAGGUAAGAACACUCAGUUUCCUAAUUCUUUUCCUGAUUAACGUGGGCGAACAAAUGGAUGACCGUUUGUUUUGAAUUUUUUAAAUAAAUAAUAAAACAAUUAUUGAAUUCGGUUUUCGCACAAUAUGAAGAAUUACCAAGCCCUCAGUUUGCCGUUAUCAACCUCAGCCUUCGGCUUCGGUUGAUAACGGCAAACUUCGGGCUUGAUAAUUCUUCAUAUCGUGCUCAACCUCAUUCAAUAAUUGUUAAUUAUCCCAACUUGAAAGAAAUGUCAAUCCCUUCAUGUAUGGAUUUUUGCAUGGUCUGGCUAAUAAAUAAUUUUGUUGCCUUUCCUUUAACUGCUACAAACGCAUUAUCUUUUGAUGUAGAAUUACUACAUGAGUGGACCAGGAAAAGGACAAACAAUCUUACCCAUUGAAUGGACAAACCAACAUGGUUGUGGACAUGGAGAUCUUAACUGUAACAUUGUUCUGCAAUAUAAAUGCCAACCGACCACCAUCACAGAAAAGCAUAGAGUCAUGAGGAAUGGUACGUAG